AUGUCGUCGCAAGGUAUUUGGGCAGGCUUUCCACAAGGUGUAGUGGUAUUUCCACCAGACCAGAAGGCGGUGGAUAUUGGGCAGGCAAAUCAAGAGAAGGUGAAAAAAGAGAGCAAUUGGCAAUAUGUUGAUGCCGCUCCCUCAGAGCCGACACAUACCAUUAACGCUCUACCCGAGUUGAAGGCUCUAGACCCAGAUAUGGUGAGUGAAGAACUCAAAAAACAGCGCAAGGUUCGGAACAGAAUACAUUAA